UCAGUUAGUCAGUCCGUCACAGCGAACCGCCGAAACUAGUCGUAGUCAGUGGUUUGAUCAGUGGUAUUGUAUUGUGUCCUUUGCGCUCUGCUCCAUUCGGCCGCGCUUAGUCGUUAAAGUAGUGGAGAUCAAUUGUGUCUUUUAGUGUGUGGUGUAACAGACAACGCGCGUCACAGAGACAAUCACAUAUAGUAUAUUCGGAAAAGCCAACAACACGACUCACCGGAGUUGGAAACGUUUUUUUUUUCUAUAUUUGUAAAGCCUCAAAGCAGGACAGCAGAACUAACAGAAAAAAAAAAACGAAGAACCAAGAGAAGAGUACCAAGAGUAGAUAACAGCCGUUGAAGUUGCGAAAAAACGACGCGCGUCGUCACUCAUCAGGAGAGAGGAGACAAAUAUCAGAAAGCACAGAACACCCACGUUAGACACAAUGAAUGAGUCUAGUGACGAUUUCCAGACCGACUUUUUCGAGGGAACCGAAAAGUUACUUGAGGUCUGGUUCGGGACCCGAUCCUCCAGCGAGUGCCACAAAAAGUACGACCUUAGAAUCAUACCAAGAACGACAUGGGAGACGAUGCUGAAACUUGUGAAAUGCGAAAUUAUUUCCCAGCUAAGCAACGAUGAACUCGACUCAUACGUCCUAAGCGAGAGUUCUAUGUUCAUCUCUCGGGACCGCUUCAUCCUCAAGACCUGUGGUACUACAACAUUACUUCGCUGCGUCAACGCUCUCCUCUACAUCGUAACACAGUACACAGGCUUCGACAAGGUACGUGAUGUCUUCUAUUCACGAAAAAAUUACAUGCGUCCAGAACUUCAAGACAAACCGCAUUCAUCAUUUGAAGAGGAAGCCGGUCUUCUAGACUCAAUUUUCAAAGAUGGCAAUGCAUAUUGUCUAGGCAGCAUCAACCGCGACUGUUGGUAUCUAUAUACGCUGCAGGGGCACCAUAUUAAUCGAGCCGAUCAAACCCUUGAGCUCAUCAUGCUGGAACUUGACCCAAAGAUCAUGUCAAUCUUUACACAAGCUGAGUCGGGCUCCGCUUUGGAGGCAACGCGAAAAUCCGGCAUCGACACUAUCUAUCCUGGAGCUAAAAUUGACGAUUUCCUUUUUUCGCCUUGUGGCUACUCCAUGAAUGGCCUUAUCAAGGGCGACUAUUACGAGACAAUCCAUAUCACGCCUGAGCCUCAAUGCAGUUAUGUCAGCUUUGAAACAAACUUCCCUCAUGAAAAAUACGAACAGGUUAUCUCGGACGUUAUUCGCAUUUUCCGACCAGGCAAAUGUGUAGCAACUCUUUUCGCAUCAAAGGAGUCUGUCGCUUCAAAAGCAGUGCGACACUUCGACGAUCUGGUCGUCGUGGGUUACCAGCAGGAGGAGUUGCAGAUGUGCCGGUUUAAGGAGUACGAUCUUACCUUCGCGUUAUUUGCCAAGGCGCCCAGUUGAGGCUUAGCGGCGCGGGGGGGCCAUUUUUCCAGCGCGAUUCGAAAUACCCUCAUUAGCAGCUAUUAUAGAACCACAUAUAUAUAUCAACGCCAACAACAGCAACAACAACAACAACAACAACAUCAUCAACAACAGCAAGCACAGGAGCAGUGCUUCGAUGUGCAAUACAGCCUUCUACGAAGUCCAUAUCCUUCAAGUUUUCACCUUCAUUCUCGUAUCGUUUGCCGGGUUUGCCAUUUUCUUAAGCAGCAGUCUGGCCAACCUCUCUACGCUCCGCGGCGUCCGCCGCAAUUGGUCCGCAUGUCGCGACUGCACUCUGUACCGUUCACCUGAAGUCGGCUGAGGACCAGAUGAUGAUUAUGAAUAAUAAUUCAUCCAUGAAGAAUCUGUGGAUGCCGACAAGGUCACUUGAUUCAAUCGACAGACGCCGGCAAGCAUGACUGUAUAUGCUGGCUAACGUCCUAUCGGAGAGAUUAAACAAGGAUUAUACGAGUUGUGUCAACGCAGACAACUCUCUUGUUGGCCUGAGCAUGUAAACAGAGACCGACGAUGGUGUCCGAUCUCGAAUCGAUGCAUGAAUUCAGUCGGCUUUUCUGAGCCGUCCGCGGAGCAUCCGCCUCGUUUUGAGCCCGGCUCGUAGAGCCUCUUUUUUGUUACCUACAAAACCAUCCAAGUGUGGUUCAUCUAAGAGUUGUCAUCGACUGUUAACCACUUGGCAGCGCUCCAUAGAAUAGCUACACUCAAAAGAAGCAAGCAAUGUGUGAUCUCUCGAAACGACAGAAUGCUCAGAUUUUUUCAUCCAUAAAACAGACAGUCCAGUAGCAUUUCAAACUUCAACAAAUAAGGAAGGAGAAAGUACUACAUCCCAUAAAAGCGUAAAGGAAGAAAAACCGACUAAGCAACUUUCUUCGUGGACAAUACGAGUGUUAGCCUGUGACUCUAUACACGUACAGAGCGGAAUCUAUACACGUGGAGGAGGUGAUUUAAGCGAACUUCAAUUUAAAUUUAUUUUUGAGUAUUCGUACGCGUGUCUUCCGUUAUACACUAUCGAAGUCUUUCUAAUUCUAUUGGUAGGAUGAAGACACGCUUCUGGUUGCAUCAGCUUAUCAUGUAACUGUAUUUUAUGUUGAAUCCAUAAUAUUAUGUAGAAAAGAAAGAAGGUGAUAUGGCAAAGAACGAGAAAACGAGAAUACAAUGACAAUGACAUCUGAAGCUUAACA